AUGUCGACCGAUUUUGAGUCCCUUCCUCCCGCCGUGCGACGAAAGGUAAGGGUUCUGUUUCUUUGUCUCGCCUGUACCUUGCUAUGCUAUGCUCUGCUAUGCUCUGCUAUGCUCUGCUAUGCUCUGCUAUGCUCUGCUAUGCUCUGCUAUGCUCUGCUAUGCGAUUUCUUCUCGAAUGUCGAGCGUUUGCGUAUUCGGUUAGCGCAAAGCGAUCACGGUUCCCCUGCGGGCUCCACGUACUAUCAAUCCGAUGGGCCCUACCGGCGUGUGGUCGCCAACUCGCGUGGUGCCCGCAGCUUGAACAAAAGGGGCCUCGAGAAACGUCCCUCGCUUUCCAGAAAACUUCGCAAACCCGGCUCGCUGCAAUUGGCAUACCUUGCCGCACAGGCCGACUCCCAAUGCUUUCAUGCUCUCCCCGCAAAGAUUCAACAAAAGCUGUUCUCCCCCGAAGAGCGUCUGCGCUUGAAGCGAGCCUAUAGGUCGAGCCUCAUCUACGACGCCGCCGACGAAGCCUACCAACGAGACUGUGGCCGUUCGCGCCCGUCCACUGCCUGUCCUUCCCAGACGACCACCUUCUAUUCCCAGCAAUCCCCGUUGUCCACGGCGUUUUAUUCCGACUCCGAAUCGGACGACGAAGACAUGGACCAUACCUUCUAUGACAGUUUUCGGUGGCUGGACGAGGAUGGGGACCUGGACCUGUCCUUGGAUGAAUACCACGCCCAUGUCGCCGACGCCGCCACCCGAAAGAGAGCCUGCCCCUCUUUCCGCCGUUCCUUAUCUUUUUCCACCCAACUCAAGCGCAAGCAACUAGCGCCUAUAACCCCAUACGCAACCCGCGCUCUGCCCCGAGCGCCCUCGCAGCCCCUCACUCCGCUCUCCAACACAUCGGAGUCCCGCCCGUCCUCUCGCCACAGGCCAUUCCACGGCCCCAAGUCCUCCACAUCCAGCAUUGAUCCCUCGGCGCAAUACUACCAAGACCCGGAUGCGCGACUCAAGCUGCGUGUGUAUCUGGCCUCGCCCCAGAAGUUCGACGAAGCCAUUGAGUUUGGGUUCCCCUCCCUUGAUGACAAGGAGAAUGAGCUCGAGCCUGAGCCCAUUUCCCCCAGGCCCACGUUGGUGAACUCCGACUCCGACUUUGGUACAUUCUUCGAGGACGACGAUGGCACGAUGGUGGGCAGUCCCGGGAGUUCUGUCCGGAAUGUCCCAACCUCCCCGGUCUUCCGGGAAACCCCUCGACCCUCCGUCGAGUCGUGCAUGCUGCCCCCGCGCCAAUCAUGGCUCCCCAGCAAAGGCGUUCCGCAGCGGCUUCCGGGCAACCGAGAAAUGACGCUCAAGAUGACUUUGACCCGUCCCGACCUGCGGAAUGCUUCUCCCACCUUUUCUGCCUCGAAAGAGAAAGACCAAGAUCCCUUGCGACUGGCGGAACUGCCGCCCCCGGAUCGCACCAAGCUCAUUUGGGAUGAAGACCUCGAUGAGCAAGGUAUGGUCAAGAAGAUGUGGCGCCGGCUCCGUCGUCGGGCAUGA